CGCACCGGAUGUUAGCAGCUCGUAUUCAGCGGUAACUUCAAGUAACGUUCACGAGGCACAAGGUAGUUUUUUUUGUUAUGCUAAAUGACGUCACGGUAACGUGAACGCGCCCCGGCGGCUGCCAAUGGCGACCGGAGACGCUUAAUCCGGUUUAGCCGGGGGUUAUUUACAUUAGCUAGCUAGCUAGCCGCUCCCGGAGACAGAUUUAAGAAAAUGGCUGCAAAGAAGGGAAAACCACCCAAAAGUUCAUUUGGAGAUGAAGCUUUGCUCGACAGCAUAUUUGAUGAUACAGAACUCCCAGUGAGAGGAAAAGCGACUCGCAGUGGACCGUUAACUCGCACUUCUGCCACUGAUAAUAUCUUCAGUAUGCUAGCAGAGCAGGUGAAGAAGGACGGGGACACUGGGGACUCUGACGUCUCAGCAGCUGACCCCAACGACAUACUGAAGAACAUGAAGGACAUGGACGAUAUGGACGCUGACCUUUUUGCAUCAAAGAAAAAGCCCAGUUCAGCUCCUGCACAAACAAAGAAAGACUCGGAGAGUAAAGUCAAACCAGAGGGAGCAGGUGAACCCGCCGCCGCGGGAGGGAGGAAGCCAAACUCUGCACCUUCGUCCACGGCACAGAACUACAGGAAGUUCACCGUCUCUGAUCUGGACGACCCUCUGGCUGACCUACUUGAUGACCUUCUUCCAGAUGAACCCAAACCCAAACCUAAACCCAGAAUACAGCCGGCCAAGCCUGAAAGAUCCCCUUCAGCGUCCCCUGUCCUAAAGACUGAGACAUCUAAGGCGGCGAAAAAACAAAGCGGUCUCACAUUCGAUGACGAUAAGGACGAUUUAAUGGACGCGCUGGGAUUUGAGAGCGAUAAGAACAAACCCAAGAAAAAAGAGGCUGCGCUUUGGUCCAACGCGGAAAGGAGCGAGACCCCUCAGAGGCCUCGCACCAAACUCGACGAGAUUCUGGAGAGUUUGACUUCGCCUCGACUUCUGGAGCGACCUCCGACGGGCGAGAGGAAGGACCGGCCUCCGUCUCAAGAGCCCGAGAGGACCUCCGCUGUGAGAGAACCGCUUUUAGAAGAUGACCUCACAUUUGGCUCGUAUCAGCCCACCCUGGGAUCCACGCCUGAGGGGCGCCAGUCCCGCAGACAGUCAGUCAGGUUUUCCACAGGCGACACCGGUCCCUCGACCCCGGAGAAGAAACCCAAACCCGCCACCCCCACUCGGCAACGCACCUCGGCCGACUGGCUGGGCCUGAAGACAAACGACGACCGCACCUUCCUCAUGGGUGAUGCUGAAGAGGCCAAAAGCUCUGCAGGGUCUCUGAAGGCUCCUUCCUCCCCCUCCUUGGAGAGGAGACCCUCCCUGACUGGUGGUCCGGCCUUAACCGAUAACAUCACCAAACAAACCACGCUAGAGGUUUCUAAAGGCCUGCAGAGAGAGGAGGAGAAGGAGGAGGAAGAGGAGGAGGAGGAUGACUGGUUAGCAGGAGCGCUGAGCAGGAAGAAGGCUCUGUCAAAAACAUCCAAGCAGGAAGACUCUUUAGGCCUGGGAGAGGAAGUGGAUCUGGAGUCGCCCGUUAGUCAACCGGCUCCCAGAGGCCGAGAGGACGCGCUCACAUCUGUCCAGGAAUCGAGCAGCGCUCUUCUCGGACCGCCCAGCCCGGCGGCUCACUCCACUCCCGUCAGAGAGACGUCUCACCCCUCAGAUUCCCCUCCUCCUCCUCCUCCUCCUCCUCCUCCUCUUCUUACUGGUCUCUCGCCGGUCUCUGCUGCUAGCGUUAGCCACACCCAACCCCCCUCCCGUAAGGGCCCAAGGGGGCCCAGUCAGGCUUCGGAUAAAAACCUGCAACAGCUUCCAUCGUGCUCUGUUUCACAGACAAACCAAAUGCCAAACACAUCAACUGCUGUCCAACAACAGGUGACUCUUUCAGCAGACAGUCUGCAGCAGCUGCUUCUGCAACAGCAGAUGAUGCACUCUCAGUUUCUGGGUCUCGGGAGCGUCGCGGUGGAUUCAAGACUCGAAGAGAAAGAGCGGCACCGUGGAGAUCAUCACGCGUUACAGGCUCGCGUCGUCCAACUGGAGGGACAGGUGAAGAGUCUGCAGCUGGAGCGAGAGCAAAGCCAGAUGUUGCUAGAGAGCGUCCAGCAGAGGCAUAAACAGGAUAUGGAGCUGAUGGAGAACGCACACAAGGGUCGCGUGAAGCUGCUGGAGGACUCGGCGGCCCAGAGGGAGACGCAAGCGGGGAAGGAGCGCGAAGACCUGGCGGAGCGUCUGUCCGCCGCGACGCGAUCGGCAGAGCAGGAGCGCUGCGAGCUGCUGGCUCAGCACCAGCGCAAACUGGCGCUGAGCCAGCAGGACCGAGACCGUGAGGUGGAGCGACUCAGAGACCUCCAGAGGAAAUCCAUCUUGGAGAUGAAGAAAGACCACGAGGACCAGGUCCGGAGACUGAAGAAGUUAAAGGACGAGGAGAUCGACGCAGUUACAAGCGCGACGUCUCAGACCAGGUCUCUUACGGUGGUGAUGGAGCAGAUGGAGCAGUUCUCCUCUCGGCUCGGGGAUCUUUCUUCUCGGGUGGAGAGCACACAUGAACACACGGCUCACGGCCUGGAGCAAGGGGCGCGGCACAGAGACGAGCAGCUUCGAGUGAUGCAGGACCGCCUGGCCCAGCAGCAGAAAGCCAUGGCGGAGGAGAGGUCGUACCUCAAGGAGAUCAUUUCCAGGAUGGACACGCAGCUCAAUGAGCAGCAGAGGCAGCUGGAGAAGGAGCGCUGGAAGAUGACAGCAGAGCAGGCCAAGGCAGAGUCGACCCAGAGGGGCCUGGAGGGAGAGCGGCAUGCCCUCAGCCUGCAGAUCAACAUGGAGAGAGAGGAGCUGGAGAGAGCCAAGAGUGCACUGCUGGAGGAGCAGAAGUCGGUGAUGCAGCAUUUUGCAGAGGAGAGGAGGAAGCUGGCCGCAGACUGGGCCCACUUUCACAGCCUGGAGAAGCAGAGGCACGAGAGGGCAGAGCGGGAGGCCAGCAGCCUCUUGGAGAAGAGAGAGGGCUCCAUCCUCAGCCUGGCUCAGGACCAAGCCGACUUAAAGCUGCACACCGCAGAGCUGAAACUAAAGGAGGCGGCCGUGGCACAAGAGGGAGAGACUGUGCAAAGACUCAGAGAAGAACUGGACAGAGAGAAGGAGAGGAUAAGCAGCACGGCCUUGAGGCUGAAGACAAGAGCCCACGAGGUGGAGGCCUUCAGCGAGCUCGCCGCGGAGAAGCAUGCGGAGGGAGAACGAGCGCUGCGGGAGGCGAAGCGGGUGGAGGCCGAGCACCAGGCGAGGCUCGGAAACAUCCGCACCCAGACGGAGCGGCUGAGGCAGCAAGAACAACGGCUCCUUCAGGAGCGGACGCGGUUAAGCCACCUGCAGGAGGACACGGAGAGGCUGAGACGAAACGCUCCGAUGACCUCGUCGCCACAGGUGUUUACAAGCACCUCGCCAGAUGCAGGUUCGGUGUUGCCGAAUCCUGAGCUGGCGUCGACCGUGAACAUUCCCCCCGCGGCCUCGUUGGCCAGCUCUCAGUCCAUGGCUCUUCAGGCUAGUCUGGCUCUGUGGAAGUACACGGCAGAAAAGGACCGUGAAUACCUUCAAGAGGAACAGAUCUUCUUAGAGAAUUUGAAGAAGAAAUCGUACAGAUCACCUUUCAACACAGAUUGACCGACUUGCUGGGAACCACCCAGCAUGAUUAAGUGUAAAACAUUCAGCGACAGAUUCACUUGCAAUGGUUUUUAUUUUGUUUAAUAAACUACUUUUCCACUGCUGGAGGA